AUUGGUGAGUUGAAUGGUGCGGGUCGGUCGUCUUUUUUGUUACAUUGCGUUUGUUUUGAUAAAAUAGAGAAUAAAGGAUGAUAAUGGUUUAACAUCAAGUUCACGAAUAGUAUUUGACCAGUGAAAAAUCGGUAAAAGACGCAGUUUGUCUUAAUCGGCUUUUUCGCAAGCAAAUCAAAAUGAAUGAUACAGGUUGCAUUCACUUAAACAACUUUAAGGCCGCUAAAGGCACCAAUCCAUAUAAAAUUAUCCAUGCAUUUUUUGUGUCGUGUACAUCCUUUGAAGCUAGAAGAUACAAGGCUACUUCAUGUCUUUGUUUUGCUUGUGGUCAACCUGGACCAAGAAUGCAUUCAUGUUUACACUGCAUAUAUUUUGCAUGUUAUGGUGGACAUAUUCAAGAGCAUUCCAAAACUAAAAAGCAUUUUCUUUAUGUUGACUUGAGCUAUGGAAAUAUUUAUUGUGCCCAAUGUCAAGACUACAUUUAUGAUCGAGAACUAACUGAUAUUGCAAUGUCACAUAGAUUGAAAGAAGCUAAGUCCUUGGGAAUGUGUGUACCAUUUACUCCUUGGAUCCCUAACAAUAAUGAAGCAAUGGCACUCCGACGAUUACGUAAAAGACGUAUGAUAGGCCCACAUACAACCAUUGGUCUACGAGGAUUACAAAAUCUAGGAUCCACAUGCUUCAUGAAUUGCAUUGUGCAAACAUUAAUUCACACGCCAUUGCUGAGGGAUUAUUUUCUGGGCGAGAAGCAUAAAUGCAAAGCGCAAAGUUCGGGGAAGUGCCUCGUGUGCGAGGUUUCAAAGCUGUUUCAGGAAUUUUACUCGGGUGCAAAAACACCGUUGACGCUACACCGUCUUCUUCACUUGAUAUGGACUCACGCACGCCAUCUUGCCGGCUACGAGCAACAGGACGCACACGAGUUCUUCAUAGCCACACUUGAUGUGCUUCAUAGACACUGCAUGAACGGAGUAGAGGAUAAUGGGGAGAAGAAAGAGAAUGGCCGCUGCAAUUGCAUAAUUGACCAGAUAUUCACCGGAGGAUUGCAGAGUGACGUUGUAUGCACUUCUUGUUCUGGAGUUUCUACCACUAUCGAUCCAUUCUGGGACAUCAGCCUGGAUGUUGCGGGGCCUGGCUCCCUCCAAGCCUGUUUGGAACGCUUCACCCGGGCUGAACACUUAGGCUCCGCGGCCAAAAUCAAAUGCUCGAAUUGUCGGGCAUACCGCGAAUCAACGAAACAAUUGACCCUAGAAACACUACCGAUCGUUGCCAGUUUCCAUCUGAAGCGAUUUGAGCAUUCCUCCCAAAUAGAUAGAAAAAUAUCGGCCUUCGUGUCGUUCCCCGCUGAGUUGGACAUGACGCCAUUUAUGUCGUCUCACCGCAGGGCUGUGGAUGCAGCCGAUAAUAACAAUGCACCCGAAGGGAUUUUCGAAGAUAAUAGAUACUCAUUGUUCGCCGUGGUGAACCACCUCGGUUCGUUGGACGCGGGGCACUACACCGCGUACGUGCGCCAGAUGAAAGGCAGCUGGUACAAAUGUGACGACCACAUGAUUACACGGGCCUCGCUGAGGGAAGUGCUGGAUAGCGAGGGAUACCUGCUCUUCUACCACAAGACCGUUUUGGAAUAUGAGUGUGACGUCUCCUAAAUUGUACCGUAUUAAUAAUGUGUGAUGCGCAAAUUUCGAUCAAUUAUUAAUUUAUUAUCAUGUUUUUGAAUUUGGAAUAUGUCAGCUGUUACCCUCAUUUUUAAUUUAUGACCAUGAUGUCUUUCAGUCGACAUCAGAGAACAAAGGUUUGCCAUUUUAUAAUUUGUUAAUUUCCAAUUAUAUUUAUUAAUAAUGAGUUAAUAUUUUACAAUGUGUCUGCAUAUUUUUAAUGUGUAAUUUAUUCAAGGUGGAAAGUUUAAGAAAUAUUGUAAUCCAUCUUUAAAUUUUCGCUUAGAGAAUAUUUACUAUAAUGGCUCUAUACAAGGAAAUAUUUUCAUAGCAACGGUUCAUUGACAUAAUUAAUAAUAUAGACAAUGUCAUAUAUAAUUACCAUUUUGACAAUGAGAAAGCACAGAUAAAACAAAGCUUUAAUCUGUGUAUGGCUAAAGUGGUGUCAACGAUUAUUUGUAUGGAAACUGAACUCUAUUAUCGUGAUAUUACGGUGUAGAAUGCAAUAGUUUAAGAAACGGAUUUUGAGCGUAGUACGAAAUUUUAAAAUAGCUGUAGCCCCAAGGACUUUUCUAUUCUCUUAAAAUAUUGUGUAAAGUUUCCUGCUUUUCAAUUGCUCAAUAUCCGUAACCGGUUUGUUUUAACGAAUUUGUUAGUUAAUAAGCUAUUGACUGAACGUUUCUCAACUAUAUUAGUUUUCUAUUCGCCCUAUUGGCUUGAAAUGUUGCCAGUGAUCUCUGUCUCUGAUUUAAAACAUGGCAAAAGGAUAGUUAAAUCUAAACCACGUAACUGAUCGCAAUUUUAAGGUGAUUUUAAAUGUUAACAAAUCAAGUGUUCGAGAGAUUUGGAAUACGGGCCAUGACAGUAAUAAGCUUCUACAACAAUGUCAGAACUUAAAGAGCGAGCAAUAGCCAGAACCACCUGAAGUACUGCCAACUUCAUUACUCUGUACUAAGCCGGUAUAUGGCUUUAUCUUAGUAUUUAAUACAUAUGUGACAGGAUAGGUGUGUAUUUUUUUCUAACCAUAGACGCCUCGUAAGCUCUUUCUUAAUUUUUUUGAGAUACAUAAUCAGUUGUUGCCGAUCUAUACCAUAGACGAUACAUAGACAAUUUGACUAAAACCUAAUUUGAUGAAAAAAAUUAGUUUCCACAUCAUUCAUCUAGUACUGCCGAUACGCGCAGACUUGACACUUACAUCUGUCAAAGUCAAUGUUGUGUUGCAAAUGACAUACAACACAGAUUUUUGUAAAAAAACGACACUCUUCGCACUAUUUUAGUUUCACAAAAUCGUGAAAAACAUGGGAACUCAAGUAUAAAUGUUGACAGUUUUCAUAUUACUAGUUCCAUUAAAAAAAAUAGCAAUUAAUGUCCUUAAAUGUUUAUAGAUAAUACGAAAAAUUAAAACUUUGAUAACUUAAUUACAUAUAACAUUUUGACGUGCUUUCGCUAGCUAUAUAUAUAUAUAUAUAUAUAUUUGAAUGGAUUUAGAACAAUGCUUAAUCUACCUCGCUGUUCAUCGUUUGCAUUACCAUAGCAUUCUAUUUUACCCACCAAAUCUUGAAUAAUCGAAUUACGUAAAAACAAAAUAUUUCAUUUAGAUAGGUAAGACAAAUUGAAUAAAAAACAAUCUUUAUGAUUGGGCUGUAUUAAACCAAUUGAUUUAUAUUCUUAAAAAAAUACCUUCGUUCCUGAAGAAAAAAAGGAAAAAACUAUAAAAUUCAUAUAUAUGCGGCCACACAACUUAAAAUUCAUAUAAUAAGUAUAUGACACGGUGGGAUUUUGUUUUAUCCAUUUCUAUUCCUUUUUCGAACAAGAUGACCGUAAGGAAGAAGAAAUUGGCUUAUUAUAAAAAAAAAUAUGUGGUUUUCAGCUUCAUAUUUCAUUAGAAUGUGUUCAUAAAUAAUUUUUGCGUUGUACAAUCGCUUUGUGUAGUUAAAACUUGACUGAACUGACAUUAGUUUGUGAUAUUUAAUAUUUAUGUGUAUGUAAUGAGUAGUCGUAACAAUUUCCUAAUAGACUAUAGGUAAGUUAACUGGCUUUUUGACAGAUCCGAAGGCAUUUGUUUUCAAAAUAUAACACAUUAAUUUAAAACCUUUACAAUAAAUAAAACUAAUUUUAUAUGUAAUUUAUGACCUUACCGCUAUACUGAAUAUAGUGAAUUGUGUAAAGUAUUAAAGUAAAUUCCAAAAGAUCUAUUGUUUAACAUUACUUGUAAAAACUUGAGGUUUUUGAUAAACUAUAAUUGGCCAGGGAUGCAUCUUCUGUCGGUUAACAUUUUUUCUCAUUCAAAGACAUUAAGUUCUAUCUCUUCAUGUAAUUAUUGAUUUAAAAUUGACGUUGGAUCUGCUACAGAUAUUAACAAUAUAUUAAAUUUAAAGAUUUGUAAACGAUAAUAUUACUAUUAAAUAUAUGUAAAAAUUGACUUAAAAUAGUUUGUUUUUGGUGAAACUUUUGUGUUUCUCUAUCAAAGGUUAGCCUUUAUAAGAUAAGUUUUAGAAGUUAAUAUGUACGCUAUUAUUGAAUUACUUGACUUGAUUUUAUUUCAUUUUUAAAUAGAGACAGACAGCUAUCGUAUUCUAUUUUAUACAGGAACGACAGUUGUACCGGUACAGAUACCGAUGUUCACGUUCGUUCAAAGAAGUUCUUACAGUAGCGCUGACAUCGCAGUCUUGAGAUGGCGCAUAGCAAAAAUUCAUUUGUUUCCGUCUCAUUUGUUUGAAUCGAGGUUGGUACCAUUAAUGAAAGUUACAGUUAGGGCCCUUGUACAAUAUUCUUAUUAUGUAUCAUAGUGUAGAAAAUUAUGUCAGCUGAGCAAAUUUGGGUGUAUGUUAUAAUUUUAGAUUCUCAGUCAUUUUCACAAUUCCCUAUUGUCACGAGUAUUAGAUUUUAAAUACCAACCCAAUGUCUAAUAGAUGUCGCCAGUAAUUUUAUUUGCAUUUACUAAGUUAGAUCCGAACCCUACUCAAAACCCUUAGAAUUAAUGUGUAUAAAUGUAAUCAAAUAAUUGUUAAAUUACUUGACCACUCUUUCCUGUAUUUAAUGUACGAAUGAAACCAAUAUAUUGAGGUUUUAUGACAUAUGAUAAUCUAUUCGUAAGUUAAAUGUAGGAAUUUGAUGUGUAUGUAAUCAAUUUUUCAAUACAGGUAUUACAGUAAAAUAUUCGAUUGUAUUAUUGUAAAAAUUGGUGUUAUAAUAAAAAUUAUUAUGAUUUA